CGAAACAGUGUGUGUGUGUAUUGUGUUCGACAGCUGGAAUUGUUGUACCCCAAUCUUAUCUUUAUAAUAAAAACAAAAACAAGUCCUACCGGUGGCAUCUUUAUCGGAGAAUAAAGACGGAUUUGAAGUUAGUAAGUUAUUGAUGGUGAUGAAAACAAAAGUAGUUCGUUAAGAUUUCCCGUUCCUGUCUGCCACAUUGAAAGUUCCAGCUCAAAGUGACAGUCCGAGACUCUGGGAUCAGACUUCUUUUGAGAUGUGCAGUAAUUGGAAGUGGUGAACUUUUCAAUCUGACAUUCUUCCACAGACAUGAAUACCAAACCCUACAGUCCUGAAGAGGCCCGAGAGAUUGUGAGCUUGCUGAAGCAGCCUGCAGUCUUCUGUAACAUGGCCUGUGAUUGGCCAGCACUGAAGUGGAGCGUGGACUAUCUUUCCAGUGUCCUAGAAGAUAAGCCACUCAGGUUCCGGAUUGGAAAGAGACAGACAGCAAAAGCUCCUCAGUUUGAAACCCAGUGCUGUUAUGUUGAGGCUACGCUGAGUGAAUAUCUAGCUUGGACCCACGGACAGCAUGACACUGCUAUCGGACCGUUCAGUGCCUUCCCGUACUCACAGUGCUGGGCUUAUGCUGACUACAAGUACAUUGCCAUGCUGUUUGAAGAGAAGUCAGCAAUGUUUCAGGAUGUGAUGUGGACGGACUUUGGAUUCCCAGACAGAGACGGGAGGGAUAGCACUCUGUGGAUUGGCACGGAGGGAGCCAACACUCCUUGCCACCAGGACUCGUACGGAUGUAACCUGGUUCUCCAAGUACACGGAAGAAAACGAUGGCACCUCUUCCCUUCAGAAGACACCCACUGCCUGUACCCCACCAGAAUCCCCUACGAGGAGUCCAGUGUGUUCAGCAGGGUCAAUGUGGUCAAUCCAGAUUGGAAUCGGUUUCCUGCCUUUGCCAGUGCCAGGGCCCAUGUGGUCACACUGCACCCAGGACAGGUCCUUUUUGUUCCCAGACACUGGUGGCACUACGUGGAGUGCAUUGAUCCAGUCACUGUCAGCAUCAACUCUUGGCUUGAAAUGGAUGACGAUGAUGAAGCACGUGUGGGGGAGGCCCUCACUAAAACACUGGUCUGUGCCCUGAAGUCCGCUCCGAGCCCUGACAAUUCCGAUAACUGGCUAAAUCCCACUGAGGUUGAACCAACAUCACAUGAAACGAAUCUGCGGUACCUGAGCCUUGCUGUGCAGUCAUGCCUGGGCAAAAGGAAGUACCCCUGUAACGAGACCUUGUCUGUGAAUCCCGGGGCAGCGGUGAGCUCCCACGUAAAGAGGAAGCGGGAUACCGAGGGAACUACAGCAAAUAAAAUGGGAAGAAAAAGUCAGUGCGAACCUCUGCAGAUUCCCUUCGGACCUAACCUGAUUCCCGUGCCUUGGAAAUUAGACAAGCAAUCAGCAAGUCUUGGGGACAAAGGAGGAGAGAGAUGCAGCUGUAAGCACUCUGACUGCAGUGCACCCAGUAAUAAACUUGAGAGGCACCGCUGUGAAAAAUGCAAUCCCAGCAGUGCACCUGAAAGAGACAGGACUAAUGAGGCUGUGCUGGAGGAAGAUAAGAAGGAAGUAGACACUUUAAUAAUCACUACCAACGACCUGCUAGAUUGCCUGCUCCAUCCACAGGUUGUCUCUUUAGUUGCUAAGCUUCUGUUCGAUAAACAGGACACGUUUUGAUUUUUGUUUGUGUUUCAUAAUGUUUGUAAUAAGCUUAUCUUUGUUAUUAAGUGUCUGUCCAUCUCUUCCUGACCUCUCUCUUUAUGUAAGAAAGUUCAUGUGAAUCAUCUUCUUAAACUUG